CUGUUGACACUUGGCACAUUUUUCUUGAAGCACAGCUGAUUCUCCUUGUGCAAAGACCCAGGGCUCCAGGUGCUGAAGGGCAGAAGAGCUGCGGAAGAAGGGCACGGCACUAAGCAAAGUGAGGGUGAGCACGAUGUUUCUAUGGAAAUGUCAGGGUGCUCAGCGGGGCCUAUGGAACAUCUUCAAGAUAUGGAUCUGGACAGUGCUCUGUUGUGACUUCCUGGCACAUCAUGGAACUGACUGUUGGACUUACCAUUAUUCUCAAAAACCCAUGAAUUGGGAAAACGCUAGAAAGUUCUGCCAGGAAAAUUACACAGACUUAGUUGCCAUACAAAACAAAGGAGAGAUUGAGUAUCUGGAGGAGACACUGCCCUACAGCCGUACUUACUACUGGAUAGGAAUCCGGAAAAUUGGAAAAACGUGGACAUGGGUGGGAACCAACAAGCCCCUGACUAAAGAAGCAGAGAACUGGGGAACUGGGGAGCCCAACAACAAGAAGUCCAAGGAGGACUGCGUGGAGAUCUAUAUCAAGAGGUCCAUAGACUCUGGAAAAUGGAACGAUGAUGCCUGCCACAAAAGAAAGGCAGCUCUCUGCUACACAGCUUCUUGCCAGCCAUCGUCCUGCAGUGGCCAUGGAGAGUGUGUAGAAACCAUUAAUAAUCAUACCUGCAACUGUGACUUGGGGUAUCAUGGGCCCCAGUGUCAGUAUGUGGUUCAGUGUGAGCCCUUGAAGGCCCCAGAGCUGGGAACCAUGAACUGCAUUCACCCUUUGGGAGACUUCAGCUUCCGCUCACAGUGUGCCUUCAACUGCUCCGAGGGAACAGAACUAGUUGGGAUUGAAGAAAUACACUGUGGACCAUCUGGAAACUGGUCAUUUCUAGAGCCAAUAUGUCAAGUGAUUCAGUGCAUGCCUCUAACAGCGCCUGACUUGGGAACCAUUGAAUGCAGUCACCCCCUGGCCAACUUCAGUUUUACUUCUGCUUGUAGCUUCAACUGCUUAGAAGAAACUGAUUUAAUUGGAGAGAAGACAACUGUUUGUGGAUCAUCUGGCAUCUGGUCCAGUCCUAUUCCAAUAUGUCAAAAAACAAGCAGAAAUUUCUCAAUGAUCAAGGAAGGCAACUAUAACCCCCUCUUCAUUCCUGUGGCUGUCAUGGUGACUGCCUUCUCUGGUCUGGCAUUUAUCAUUUGGCUGGCAAGGCGGUUAAAAAAAGGAAAGAAAUCUCAGAAAAGGAUGGAUGAUCCAUACUAAUUCAUCAUUUUUAAAAUGAAAUUCAUGCGCUACCAAAAAGUCAUUGGGAAUUACUUCAAAUCCUCCCAUGAAGAGUCUUGCACAAUGGCAUCCCUCCAUCAAGAAUGAAGAAUAUUUCCUUCAGUGGAUCUGGAAGGAUUUCUAUGUGAUCAAUGACUCCUUCUACUCCCUCCCAUUUUUCCCUUAUUCAUCCCCUUAAUCCCAGCCCACAGUUAUUGUUUAUAUAGCUCAGUAUUUUCUUUUCUUUUCUGUGGAGGAACAAAUAAGACCAUUAAGGCAAAGGGUUACUGUGGAAUAUAAAGAUGCCUGGCUUUGCUCUUUCCUAACUCAUAUUUCCAGUUUCAAGUCAAUAUUGUACUUGAUGACAGACACAGUUAAAGGUUGAUACAUAUAGAAUUGAAAA